AUGAACCACUACUUCAAGUUUGUUCAGAGUUUGAGAAAUCAAGAGCUCCUGCUAUACUUCAAAGCCUUCCGGGAGCUCGCUCAGAUCUACCUCAUCGACCCGUCCGAUGCUAAGGAAUUAGCGACAAUCAUUGCCGAUGCUGAUCGGUUCCAGGGAAUCUGGCGCGUGGAGGAAGUCUACGAGUUCGCAGAACGACGAGCCGACUGGUUCCAAGUAAAAGGAAAUGUUGAACGCGCCAUGUACGGCGCUGGGUGCAGUGUGAUGUAA